GGUGAAGAGAGAGAGAUAGAGAUAGAGAGAGAGAAUGAAGUUCUUGUUCCAAUGUCCAUGUUGUUCUUGUUUUUGCUUCAUGAAGCCCCAAAAAGGUAAACCAAAAGCCAAAGAAGAACCUAAAUCCAAAGUUGAACCAAAACCUGAAGACAAGAAGGUGGAAGAAGCAAAACCAAAAGAGAAGGAAGAAAGCAAGCCACAAUGAAAGAAGAGGAAAUGGGAUAAUGCAACUAUAUAUUAUUCUAAUACAAAAAAUAUUUAUUAG